AUGAACUUUUUUCGAGAUAGAGACGUCAAUAGCAACGUCUUUGACGAUCCCAACAACGAUCCAACCGCUCCUUCGCCCACAACAUCACCGCGUAAAUCGCACAAGUUCGAUCCGCAACCUCUGAAUGCCGACUCGCCCGACGAUGCUGCUCUCGCCAGCUUGCGAAAGCGUAUGGCCGGCCCGUCUUCCGCCAAGGCAGGUUUAGCAAAAGAUCAGGACGAAAUCAACAGAAUCAUCUACGAGGUCUCCAAAGGUAGCAAAUUCUUCGAGAAUGAGCGCAAAAAGGAUGCUCAGACCACAGAACGCAUCAAUGCCUUGCUGGCGCGUCGAGAUCAGAAGCUGCUUCAAGUCUCUCCCGGAAGCGCCGAGUGGCUGGCCAUCGAACGCAAGAUCGAGGAUAUCGCUACACGCCUCGAAAACAGCCGCGAUCUCUCCCGCACCAUCCUCCACACUGACAUUGACAUGUUUUACGCCGCUGUAGAGCUAGCACGAGACCCUUCACUGAAAGGCAAGUGCUUUGGCGUCGGCUCUGGCGUACUCGUCACUGCAUCCUACGAAGCUCGACGAGGCUAUGGCGUGCGUAGCGGCAUGGCUGUCUUUGUGGCCAAGGCGCUUUGUCCGCAUCUCAUCGUCGUAAAGAAUGACAUGCAGAGCUACGUUCAGGCUAGUCAAAAGGUCAUGGCCAUCUUUGAGCAGUACGACGAAAACUUGGCCAAAGCUUCGCUCGACGAGGCCUACCUUGAUAUCACCGAGUACGUAGAGCAAAACGCAAGUUCGAUCGACCAGGUGGUUCAGCAGCUGCGCAACCAGGUCCGAAGCCACACUCAGCUCACCGUCAGUGUUGGCAUCGCGCCCAAUACCAUGUUGGCCAAAAUCUCGUCCGACAGAAACAAGCCUGACGGUCAGUUUCGUAUACAGCCGGAUCGGAAGGUGAUUGUUGAUUUCAUGCGCAACCUCCCCUGCCGCAAGAUUCCCGGCAUCGGUCGUGUCAACGAACGUAUCCUCGAGAGCCUAGGUGUCACCACCUGUGGAGAGAUCUGGGACAAGCGCGUGGAGCUCUGGCUUUCCUUUGACGGCAAGAUCGAAUGGCUCAUCAAGGCACAUCUUGGUAUCGGCAACACUGUCGUCGAGCCGAGCAAACGUGAGGAGCGCAAGAGUGUUGGACGCGAACACACCUUCAGUCCCACCUCUGACACAAAGGCCUUGCUCGACCUCCUCAAAGAAUCGGCUCAACGAGUCGAGCAAGAUCUGGCGCGGCUGGAUUUCAAGGCCAAAACCAUCACUCUCGUUGCCAAGCGCGAUAACUUUCAGCGCUUUUCGCGCGCGAGAACCUCGACCCGACUGGUGCAUCGCGCCGAAGAGCUCUACGACAUUACCAGCUCAUUGUUGAUGCAAGAGAUUGAACGCGAGGGAGCUAUCUCUCUCCGUCUCAUUGGCGUUCGCGUGACGCAGCUUGUCGAUCUUCGUGGCGCAGCGGCUGGCGAGGAGAGGCUACGCAAACUGCUUCAGGCCAAGACCUCCGAUUCUAAUGCGGAAGGUGAAGAGGGGGCGUCAGCCCGACUGAAGCUGCGCAAGACCACAAAAGAGUGGCAAGAAGAAGAGGAGCGCCAACUUGCGCUUGCCAUCAAGCAGUCGCUCGAAGGCAUUCCAGACCGGUUCAAUGAAGUCGACGACCUCAGCCAGGAUGAUCCAGUUAUCCGAUCUCGGUCUCAGACAUCCACUGCAGGUCGUGUCUCACUACAGCCUUCGACGGAACAAGGUGGCGACUCGAAGACGAUACGUACAUCCAAGCCACAAGGUGACACGGUGCCUAGUAAAGUCCCGCCGCCAUCAAAGGGCGAGGUGCAAUGUCCCGUCUGCGACAAGACAGUGCUUGGUUCGAAUGAUCAGCUCAACGCUCACGUUGAUACCUGCUUAGAUCAGUCAGCCAUCAACACCAUUCCCACUGACUGCGCUUCACGACCUGCACCAUCACACCGGAGUAAUCGUUCCAAUCUGCCGCCCAAGAGGAAGCGCGGACCACUGGACUCGUUUGUUCGUCGAAAAUGA